ACAACCAAUGAGUAUAUGUGUGACAAUCAAUACAUUUAACACAUCCAACACUUGUCAUUCACACCAACGACAACAACAAUAACACCAAUAGUUUGGACACAAAUAUCAGUGAAACCGCAUGCGCUCAACUACAUCACCAGUGGAUCAAUUGAUGACAACAUCAACAACAAUAACAGACAAUAGGCAUAAUGAUCGUCAAGUUAAGAGAAGAGAAAAAAGGAUUAAUUGUUGGACAGUUUGGACUCAUUCAGGAAUCACCAGAAAUUGAAAGCAAUUGCCGUCGCGUCCACUAAUAUGACUGACACGAGCACUGAUCUCUGCAAAUGUCUAUACAAAAUGCAUUAUCAACUCAUGCUUCUCAUCGAAAGCUAUCUAAAACUGAUUAGUUUGUUGAAGACAAACACCAGUCAAUGUUCAAUGCUUUUGGUGUCUAAUCUGUCUCAAGAGGUGACAGCCGUAAAGUGUGAACUAUUGAAGACAAUAACGACGGCCGCAGACGACACGGAAAGCGAUCGCCAAUCGCAGUGUUCGGCGUCACCACAACCGUCAUCGUCGACGACAUCGACCACUUCAAGCAACAGUACAUUAGACGGCAAUAACUCGUUAACUGAUUACGAAUGUCAUCUAAAAGAGUUGGUUGUCAGCCAACAGUUUGCUAAAGCUAUCAAACUAUUGCAUCGAAUGCGGACACAGUUUCCCGAUUACUGCUGUUUCGGUAUCAAUGAUGGUAUCAGUAGUGGUGAUGAUGUCGAUGACGACAACAUAGUUAACAUAGUAUUGACAGUAUAUUGUAAUAUAUUAUGUGAGUCCCGAUCAUACUAUUUGGUAAUUACCGAACCCGAACACAAUCCGGCAGAAAUUACCCGUCAACUGAUGGACACUAGUCUACAGUUGUCGUCGACAUUACAUUCACUUGAUUUGGGAUAAAAUACAAAAACAAUUGAUAAUUAAGA